AUGGCAUCACAUGAUCGCCGAAGUGGCAGAAAAACAAUCCACAAGUACGACCUUGUCUUUCCGAUGGAAACUUUCGGUAGAGGAGAAAAAAUACCCUUGGAUACUCCUGAGCCUACCGUUACGGUGUUUUCAGACGCCUCAGAGUCGGGGUCAGGCGCGAUUUUGUACGCGGAGGGGCUUUCUAAAAUUAGAACAGCAGCGCCUCUUCCCUCGUCUUUGCGAGGGCAAUCUUCUACGGCAAGGGAAAUGUUCGCUAUCUUAGCUAGCGCAAGAGCCUUGGGUAGGUUCUUGAGUUUUCAACACUGCGUUUGGUACUCGGAUAGUCAGUGCGCAGUACGCAUUCUCAGCAAGGGGAGUCUCAAAAAGGAUUUGCAGAGUCUAGCCCUUCAAAUCUGGGAUCUCUGCGAGGCCCUGCAUGCAACCAUAGAUUUUGUGUGGAUUCCUAGAUCCCUUAACACCGAGGCAGAUUUAGCCUCUAGAUUUAUCGACUUGGACGACUUGGUCCAUUGCAGACCACGUGGUGGCAGAGCUCAGGAGUUCUUGGGGAGAGUUCCAGAUUCGCCUGCGAGGCAGCUAGUAGGCAUCGACGCCUUUUCCGCAGAGUCGUCUCGAUUUUGGAAGUCAGAUUUCUGCUGGUGGGUACCACCUCCUUAUCUUAUACCAAAAACAUUAAGUUGGGCCAGGUUGCAUCGUAGCAAAGGCAUCUUGGGAUUUCCUAUGUGGCCUUCUAACAUGUUCUUCCCCUUACUCAGACAAGGAGAUUCGUGGAUUCAGCAGAUUAGACAGAUCAUUAUUUUUCCAGCGGGCACUCCAGUGUUACAAGGCCCGUCCCCCUCUUUCACCUUCACUUCCCCAAAGUUGAAGUUUGACUUUGCUUUCGCAUUGCUGUCUUUCUGGCCCCCUCCGGGCUUUAAACUUUCCGUUGUACGAGUUGCGUCCACCCUUGGCGUCUCGCUUUGGAGCGGCAUCGGAGACGGCAUGUCUCGCAGCAGAGAGCGGUCUGACGGAGGUGGCUGA